GAUUCGAGUGCUCGGCAGGAUUCAGACACGCUCCUGAUUCAGUCGCUCGCCACUUUUUCGAAUACACGGUCACCGAGGACUUCGAGCACCGGAACACUCGAACGGAACUCGUAGUCGUCAUUGUCGUCGUCGUCGUAGUCGAAGUCAAAGUCGUCGCCGUCGUGUGGGUGUGUGGAAACGGGAAAACCACUACUACUCUCCGUCCAGUCCUCGUUGACAAACAACAAGCUGUUCCCGCGAGAGCUGCGACCCGCGACUCGCAAACCACAAACCAAAUCAUUAAUAAAGAAAAGCCCAGCCGUCGACAUCAUCGUUUGUCGUUGUCGUUGUCGUUGUCGAAGUUUAUCGCAUCCGCGUUAUUCAUUUUGCGGUUAUUCUGUGGUCACGCCCCCACCCAAUUGGGGCGUUGAGCGCUCAAGGUGCAACGCAGUGAAACGAAAUAUUGAAUGCGUGCUAAGCAGGGCUCAGGCGGAAAGUGCACAAAUCACACUCAAUCAGAGACCAGAGCCAGGCCAGAGGUCGGACAAGGUGUUGGUGUUGGUGCGCGAGUGUCGAAUGUCGAGUGUCUGUGUCCAAUCGCCUCGUAAAAGGAUUAAGUCUGGGGAUAAGCCCACAUCAUUCGAGUGCUGACAGCCGGAAAGCUGAUUGCGUUCUGAUAAGAACAGGACCAAGACGAAGAAUAUACUGUGAAAGGACGCCGACAUCGGGGUAGGGAAAGUUUUUCUACGCCAUCAAGUGGUCAAUGUGACAGGAGGAAUCCGCAAAACAACACACCAGAGCAGAGAGGAGAAGCAACAGCAGGAUCAGGGGAAAAGGCACGGGGAGUUGACAGGAGCUCAGCCAAUAAAAGUCCGGGAAAACUCUGCCAGAGCCGAAUGUGGCGGACACGCUGAGGCGAGGUGAAGGUUGAAUCCAAAGGAGGAGGAGGACGGCAGCAACUGCAGCUGCAGCAGCAGCGGCAACGGCAGGCAAAACAAAAUAGGAAAAGUUGAGCCAAGUCCGGGAGCUGGAACAGCCCGGCUCAGAGAGGAAGAGGCUGAAAAGUUGAACAUUUCGGCAGAGCGACCCCAUUCCAUCCGGAACUGUUAGCAGCAGUUGGAAUUUGAUUCUAACGCUUCUCUUCGAGGCGCAUCGCUUGUCCUGCUCGGCUCUGGGCUGCUGUUUGUGGCACCAACAGCAGGAAGAGGAGUAACUGGAUUCAAAUCAGUUUCAACAGCAGGAAAGUUCCCUCCCCCCAUCGGAAACGGCAGUGACCUCCACCCACUCUCGACGCUUCAGUGGCCACACACUGAGAUUGGCUGCUACCCGAGGGAGGACGUGGAGAAGAGGAGCUGUUGAAAUGCUGGGCACAUGCUCUGACAAUUUAUUAACUGCCCCCUGCCCCCACUAGGCAUCGUUAUGGCCUGCUUCAGAGCCCGUUCCUGUUCCCUGCCGCUGCUGCUCCUCUGCCUCUCGUUGGCCUCUUGGCGGACGCCUUUGGUCAGAGGAUAUCUGAAUAUUUUCAUCAGCCACCACGAGGUGAUGAAACUGAUGGGACUCGAGGCGGAUCUGUUCUACGUGCACGAGGGAUCCAUUAACACAUACGCGAUGCACUUCACCGUCCCGGUGCCCGCGGACGUCCACGAGCUGGAGUUCUCCUGGCAGAGCCUCAUCGCCUAUCCGCUGCCCUACGCCAUCAGCAUCGAGUACGCCAACGACCAGGACGCCCUGGGCACCCCGACGCUGAGCAUCCCCCACAAGGGCCUGGUGCCGCAGGAGAUCGAGUCCUUCCUGGUGUACCUCCCGUGCACGGGCAACGCCAGCCUCCAGCUGCCCGUCAACGUCAACAUGGUGGUGCGAGGACCCCCGCGCUUCAACGACACCAGGCUCCACUUCAAGCGCAACAAGAUCUGUGCCAAGGGCAUCUCACCCGAACCGAACCAGUCGCCGGCCCCCGCCCAUGCUCCCUCCCAGGGCCCUGCCUUGCUGAGUGCCGCAGCCUGUGCCCUCGGCCUGGUCCUGGCCGUGGGCCUCGUGGCCAGCAUGAUGUAUUUGCGGGCUCGCAAGCAGCUUCGCCAGGACUCGCUUCACACAAGCUUCACCACCGCGGCCUAUGGCAGCCACCAGAACGUUUUCAUCCGCCUCGACCCGCUCGGACGGCCACCAAGUGCCACCGGCUCCUACGCGACCAUCGCCAGCCUCAACAAAUACCCCGGGGAGACCAAGAAGUCGUGCAGCAUAUUCGACCGUUUCCGCAGCUCCCCCAUCCCGACGCCCUACGCCACCGCCUUGCUGCCGAUGGGGGACCAGACGCAGGCCGGAGAAACAAUCUACUCGAAGCCAGAGUCGAUCUGUCCCUCGAGGAUAUCCUACUACGCCUCCUCGCAGCUGACGCUGACCCAGCCCUGCAGCAUGUCCACUCCAAAGAGCAGCCGUGGCAUCGGUGGCAGUGGCAGCCUCUUCGGGGCCUUCGUCAACGGUGGCAGCACCAUCACCAUGGCCAGUCACGGAGAGAAGACCAAGGACCGACUGCGUCGCAUUCCCAGCGUCCAGCCAGGAGCCCUCAACUACGAGCACCUGGUCAAGGAGGGCACCUUCGGGCGGAUCUACGCCGGCAAGCUGGGCGACUCCUGUGACGCUCUGGUGAAGACUGUCAUCGAUGGGGCAUCGCUCACCCAGGUGGCCUGUCUGCUGCAAGAUGCUUCGCUGCUUAUCGGGGUCAGCCACCAGCACAUCCUGGCCCCGCUGCUGGCCAACACCGAGCUGCCCGGGCCGCCAGAGAUUGCAUAUCCCUAUCCGUCCAAGGGGAACCUAAAGAUGUACUUGCAACAGUCACGGGAGUCCAGCACAGCCCUCAGCACCCGCCAGCUGGUGGAGUUCGGUCUGCACAUCACCAAGGGACUGGCCUACUUGCACUCCCUGGGGAUCAUUCACAGGGAUAUUGCCACACGCAAUUGCUAUGUGGAUGAGGAGGCGUACGUGAAGAUCUGCGACGGCGCCCUGUCUCGGGACCUCUUCCCGGACGACUACGACUGCCUGGGCGACAACGAGAACCGGCCACUGAAGUGGCUCUCGCUGGAGGCGCUGCAGAAGAAGGUGUAUGCGUCGCAAGGCGACGUCUGGUCCCUGGGCGUCCUCUACUGGGAGCUGGUCACCCUCGCCCAGAUGCCACACGAGGAGGUGGACAUAUUCGAGCUUACCAAUUACUUGGCUGCCGGCUUCCGGCUGGAGCAGCCCGUCAAUUGCCCCGAUGAAUUUUUCACCGUUAUGAACUGCUGCUGGCACUGCGAGGCCAAGCAGAGGCCAACGCCCUCACAGCUGCUCUCGUAUCUGCAGGACUUCCAUGCGGACCUGGGCAUGUACAUCUGAAUCUGAAUCAGAGUCUAAGACCGAGCAAUAGGCCGAGACUGAUGCUGAUGCUGCUGCCGAUGCGCCGCCGGGUAAGGGGUCAGAGGUGGGGGCCAAAUGCCCAAGAGCCCGGGGCGAAACCUAAGAUAAAAUAAUUGAAAACUUUUACAUUUUAAAUGUGAGAUUAAAUGUGAAUUUACCUGUUAGAGUUCGGCGCAGAAAACCAAUUAACUCAGAAGCCAGCUAACUUCAGAUACGUAAGCAGAAGAUACAGAUACAAGCCGCAGACACAACACAACACAGACACAAACACACAUAAACAACAGAGAUUUGUGGAAAUAAAUUUCACAAGUCGUUGACAUCAGCCCAAAAGAAUGCUAAAGCAAUAGCUGCAGGUGUAUUGGGGGUGAGAUAAGAUUGAGCAUUUAAGUAGCUAGAAAUUGAAUAACAUCAAAAACACACACACACACACACAGACAGACUGGAAUACACACAGAAACAGAUACAACAAACAAAACAAACGAAUAACGAUACAAGAUAAAUGAUAAAUGAUAUAUUCAUAUAUUGAUAAUUGAAUGUGAAUUAUUGAUGUGCAUAUUUUAUUGAAUGUGUAAUAUUUAAGAAAACGUCCUGGAAAACGAGUAGAGAGAGAGAGAGAGAGAGGGAGAAAGAUGGCAACAGACUACAGAAUCUUUUGUUCUCAAAUGUUGUCCUCAAUUGUUACGAUGCGAUAUAUUUAUUUACCUUGAUUAUUAUUAUGGCUAUUGAGUAUAUGAUGUAUGUAUUGUACCAUAAGGGAAGUUCAAAACAGUACCAGAAUCAGGUGAAAGAGCACAGAGCAACUGUUAAGUGGAUCGCAAUGGGCGUCCAUAGCGAUGGCCAAACCAACACGCACACACACAUACACACACACACACACGCGCACACAAUCGGUAGCACACACACUUGCACAGAACACACAUCUGACAUCUCACAUUUCACAUCUCACUUUUUCACCACUCAGCCGAUAUCGCACAUACAUAUGUUUCAUUUAGAUAAAACCCUUGUCGCAAUCGUUUCGUUGUCAAAUUAUUUUUUAGAUGUCUCUCCCCUUUAAAUAUGCAUUAGUCGGGGGGCGAAUGAAUCGAUUUCCCUGGCUGUCAAUUGGCCUAGAUCCGAAUUCCCUAGCUUAAGAUGUCCUUGUUGUUAGGUUAUGGCGUUUAGUUGAAUUUUUUCAGGAAUUGUUUCUGUUUCUAUUUCUGUUUCUGUUUCUCUAGAGUUACGUACGUUGUCUAUUAAUUUGCCAUUUUGUUAGCCAAGAAAAGAGGCAACUGAAAGUUGCCCACCAGACCCCCACCAGACUCCCCGCCCCAACCCCAAGCCCUGCCCGAUCGAAGGGUUUUCCCUAGAAAAGAAGAAACAAAGCCAUAACUAAAGGCUCCGGAUAAACGUAGUUUAAAUGUUCAAUGUCAUAAAUGGUACAGUUAAGCACCGAAAUAACUAACAAAGCAAGAAAUAGCAAAUAAAUCCCAAGGCAGCUGCUUAUUCAUCUACGAGUAGUUAUUUAAGCUCUCUAUAUGGUUUAUUCUUAAGCUUCGCACUGGAAAAUGAAAACGAAAACGAAAAUGAAAAUGUUACUAAGGCAAAUACAGAACGGCACUGGCACUAUCUCUCCAUUUACGAAUAAUAUACACUAUACACCCUCACACACACACUAACACAAACACUAACUGCUGCCAGGCAGCACACGCCUCACCCAACAACAACCUCACACACACACACACCCUACAGAUACAUAGAUAUCCUACGAGAGCAAACAAAUUUUAUGAUAGAUAUAGAUAAUAGAGCAAGCGAGAGAGACGCAGGGAGACGCAAAGAGGAGAAGCAGAAGACAUCUCAGAGCUCUUCACGGAUACGGAUACGGAAACGGGGGAAGAGACGAGAGGACGAGAUACGAGAUACGAGGAGCUGCCGACUACUACUAUAACUAACUGAAUGUGUUUCAUGUUUAUUAUAAAAUAUACCUACCCACAUAUGUAUGUGUAUGCGUAAGUGAGUGUAUGUAUCUAUGUAUCUUUAAACGUAUAUUUUGUCGUCUAAUUGAAAACUAACUGUAAACGCUAUUAACAGCAAAACGAACGGAAAGGAGAAGAAGCAUAAGAAUAUGGAAAUGAAGUAGGAAAACAUAAAAAACAGAUAAACCAAAAGCUAAAGCUAAAGCCACCACACACAGAUACACUUACACCCAACACUCAGAUACACAGAACCCAUUUACAUGUGUGUAGCCCCGGGGGAAAACAAAUUGUCAUUCACUCUAUGUCUCACUCUUUAACUCUUUAUAUAAAUGUAUCUCCGUAUCUGUCUAACUUUAGAUAUACUCUACUACCGUAUGAUUGUAUGAUUGCAUGUGCAAAAGCAAAACCAAAACCAAAAACAAAAACCAAAAAGCAAAUACCAGACUUAGGCUUAUUCAAAAAAUAUGUAUUUGCUAGGACAAACGACACGUAAACACCGCACAGACCCAUCCCAUCCCAUCCCAUACCCUUCUAUCUGCUCUAUCCGAAGACGCUAUACUAUGAUGAUGGGAGGAGUGGGUGUGGCAUAAGAGUCAAAUGGCAACUGAAAGAUACAGAAAUUCAAUUUUUGUGAAACGAGAGCAAGCGAUAAGCGAAAAGCGAAAAACAAAGAACUAAGUAAAUAAAUAAAUGUUCCUUUUGAAUCAUAAACGAAAA